AUGGUGUCGUCUUUAGGACACUUCCCCGUGUCAGACGCUCUCAUCCUCUUCAGUGUUUCCACCUCUUCCCGCAGAUGUUUCACAGCUGGUUCAGAGAGUCCAUCCACCUCUUCUGCUGGUAGAGGGACGGACACCUUCAGGUGUUUCACCCAGCACUUCCAUGAGGUUGAAGUCCUCAGUUGUGGAAACGGCAUGAGCUUCACACUGAAGUGA